AUGUCCGUUUAUUUCAACACGAUCAACCGCAAUAAACGCUCCAUCACCGUGAACCUCAAGGACCCAAAAGGCAAAGAAAUUAUUCUUGGGCUAGCCAGAAGAGCAGACGUCAUCGUCGAGAAUUUUGUCCCUGGAAAGCUGGACGAACUUGGGCUUGGAUACGAAGCGCUGCGCAGGGUAAACCGGUCUAUCAUCCUGGCCAGCAUCUCAGGGUACGGAGCAACUGGUCCAUAUUCCAAACGUGCUGGGUACGACGUCGUCGCUGCCGCUGAAGCCGGCCUGCUCCAUAUCACCGGAGAGGCAGAUGGACCACCCACAAAGCCAGGCGUAGGCUUAAUGGACAUGUGCACCGGGCUGUACCUUCAUGGGGCGAUUGCAUCCGCAUUGUUUGCUCGAGAGAGAACAGGAAUGGGACAGAAAAUCGACACGUCGCUUUUCGAAGCUACGGUUUCCAUUCUGGCUAAUGUGGGAAUGUCUUGGCUCAACCUAGGAAAGGAGGCUCAGCGGUGGGGGACUGCACAUCCAUCCAUAGUGCCUUACGAUGCGUUUCGGACAAGGGAUUCAUUCAUUGUUGUAGGCGCGGUGAAUGACAGACAGUUCCAGAUUCUCUGCAGAAUCCUGGGGGAUGAACAUCUUGCUAGCGAUGAACGCUUUGUCAACAAUGAGUCGCGGGUGGAGAACCGCCAGGACUUGAAGCUGAUAUUAGCUCGACUCUUCGAAGCCAGGACCACAGAUAGGUGGCUGGAGGCUUUUGAAGGCAGUGGAUUGCCAUACGGCCCGAUCAACACGCUGCAGCAGGUCUUCUCGCAUCCGCAGGUAGCAGCAAGGGAAAUGGUCCAGACCGUUGACCAGCAGGCAGCAGUCAGAGGGCAGAUCAAUGUGCUGGGAAUCCCCGUCAAGUUCAGCAAGACAAAGCCGUCCAUACGGCAAGGACCCCCCAAGUUAGGACAGCAUACGGAGAAUGUCUUGAAGGAAAUGGGACUGUCGGACGAUGAGCUUUCCAAGCUAAAGAUCGAGGGUGCGAUCUGA